AUGCUCGACAGUUUCAGCGAGGAAGUUGGCAUGAUUCCUAACAGGGCUCGCAUGGUGCCUAUCCAGAAGCUGCGGGAGUUGGCCAUUCCAGCAAACGGUCCUAGAACACCUGUUGCAAUUGCUGUCAAGCAAUUCUUGUUGCUAGCUACUGGUUCGAUGCUCGUGCCAACAUUUUCUUGGAGAUGCAAGCUGGACUUUGCCCCUUACCUAGGUGGGAGUGUUGAGGACGUGAGGGUGUACGAUUGGUGUACAUUUAUUGUCCGUGAACUGAAAGUAGAGUUGACUGUUGCCAAGAAAAAAGAACAUAGUGCAAGGGCGUUGGGCUCGCCGUGUGUGUGGGUUCUCGGAGAUUGCUACUUCUUGAUACUCCAUCUGCUGGACUCUGUAAAACUAGGCGGGUUGCACACAAAGACCAUACCUAGCUGCCGGUUUUGGUGGAAGCAAAGUGUCGAGAGGGCAAGCACAUCUAUCCCCUUACUCAGGGGAAGAUAUGACCUAGCUGCCGCUCUGCUGAAUAGGGAAGAAAUGGCCUCUCGCAGGCAGCUCCAGCCGGUGGCUAUUGGGGGUACUAAUGCAGCAGCUGCCAGCAGUUCAGCUCCUCCUCCAGAUCGUGCACCGAUGCCCACCGCGGAAUGGUGGGAGACUGAAGAUUUGACUAGCCUUUCGCUAGGGCAGCUUAAGGGAUUGAAGGAAAUGACUGAGAGCAUGAUUGAAAAGUGGGUGGCACGAAGGGACAAGGUCCAAACGAUUGUCCGGAAUUUGGAACAGCAAGAGUGA